CAGGAAAUUCAAGAUGGACAAGAACCCCAACGUGGAAGAGCUCCAAGAAGAGGCAUUCGCAAGCGUCUCCUUCGAGAGGAUCAGCAUCCGCAACAGCGCCCUGGAGACGAUCCAUCCGUCGGCCCUCCUCGCUUCCGCAGAUACGCUAUUCAUGCUGAAAAAUUUCUCCAGUCACAUGGAGCGUUUUCCUUUCAACAUCCUCCCCCGGCUAACCAUCCUCAAGGCUCUGAUCCUCCCGCAAAAUCGCUUCGCGUCCGUCCCGCCCCUUCAGAGCAGAAGCCUCGAGGAACUCUACCUAAUGUGGAAUAAAAUUAUGAGGUUUGAGAAAGACGAAUGGGCGACUCCUAAAUUGAAGAAACUCAUUUUAGAUGGGAACCCUUUCUCGGAGUUCCCAUCAGAUGUCAUUAAUGGAUUGGAGAGACUGGAGGAGUUCUCUUGCGCGGAAUGCAACCUGGGACCGAACCUUCCGAGUGGGUUCAUCAAGUCCCGCAGCGAGUCCUUGAAGGUGGUGAAUCUCGCUUGGAAUAAAAUCGUCACGUUGGAGCUUGAAGCCAUCGCAGAUUUGACACCCAACACGCAUGUCGAUCUACAGCACAACAAUAUCGCCAUAUUCCCGAAGGAAAGCUUCCAGUCCAUUCUACAAAUCCUCUCGCGCGGGAACGGGAUCCUCAACGUUAAUUCAUUUUCCCCCGAAGGAGGAACACCAGCAGGGAAUAGCAUUCAGUGCGAUUGUGAAGCUGAAUGGUUAGCGAAUAACCGACUCUUCAAGAGCAUCGGUGGGAAAUGUCAGAACGGAAGCGAAUUUCAGAAAUUCAGAUGGGACGAGUUAGAGUGCCUUCAGCCCUGCCCCUACUCGUGCGUCCAGGUCAGCCUCUUUCACCUCUGCAAGCCGGAGACAGUCAUCUUUUCGAAGGUGGAGGGCUGCCGAGCCCAUGAACUUGCAAGUGGAGAAGUCGACGUAGGAAUCAGCACAGAUUGCAUCAGAGACGGCAAGUACAUGGCCGAAAGUAAAGUGGAAUACAAGUGCGACGAUCAUUAUGUCAUCAGGGGAUCGCCGGUCCGGAUCUGCACAGAGAGAGGAAAAUGGACGGGCCACGUCCCCUUCUGUGAUCCUGAAUGUGGGAAGAGGCUGCUGGUGAAGAAGUUGUCAGCCGGAGGCAAGCCGUCGAGUCUCGGAGAAUGGCCAUGGCAGGCUGCCAUUUAUGAUGUGAAGGAGAAACUCAUCGUUUGCGGAGGGGCUCUCAUUCGGAAGCAAUGGGUUCUCACCGCAGCUCAUUGUAUCGCAUAUGGUGGUUCCUCGCGACCUCGGCCUCACAAUGAAUUCCACGUUUAUGUGGGGAAACAUUAUCGGAAUGAUUCCUUGGACGAUAACUUCGUGCAGCAGAGAGAGGUGUCUGUGAUCGUUUCAUCCAAAGACUUCAACAUUCAUAACUUCGACUCCGACAUCGCCCUACUGAAACUGACCGAGCCGGUCCGGUUAACGGACAGAGUGCAGUUGAUCUGCAUCCCGAAGAAUCUUCAGAUCACGGAGAGCAACCUCAAGGAUGGAAACAUAGGAACAGUGGCGGCUUGGGGUUUGAACGGUUUGGAUAUCCUCAGCGAAGAAGUAACGCAAAUUCAGAUCCCGGUGGUAAAAAAUGAUAUUUGUCGUAGGGAUUACACUCAUAUCACUGGCGAUCCUGACACCAUCCGCACCCUCACCGUGAACCAAUUCUGUGCUGGACAUAAUACGACUAUCUCUGAAACAGAGUUCCAAACCGUGUGUCCCGGGGAUUCAGGCAGUCCGAUGGUCUUCUACUCAAAAUCCUUGGACCUCUGGCACAUCGAAGGAAUCGUGAGUCACCAUCUCGGGAAAAAGGAAUGCUCCAAGAGGGCGGGUGGCGAAUAUGGGAUUUUCACCAGGGUUUAUCGAUACGUCGAGUGGAUCGAGACGGUGAUCAGGUAAAGACUACGAUGAUCUUUUCCUACUUCAGCCACAUCUGUAUUUUGUUACGGACGGGCGAUUUGCAAAAGUCAGAAGCUUUUUUACAUGGAGAGAUACAACAGCGUGAC